AUGAAAAUAAACUGAUCUGAGUCUCAGUGUCGUCUGUCUGUGUGAGAGUGAACAACCGUCCAAAUGGCUCAGCAGGGAGUUCUGCUGGACCAGGACCAGUUCUGUUGUUCUGUCUGUCUGGAUCUACUGAAGGAGCCGGUUACCAUUCCCUGUGGACACAGUUACUGUAGAAGCUGUAUUGAGGGCUGCUGGGAUCAGGAUGUUUUGAAAGGGGUCUAUAGCUGUCCUCAGUGCAGAGAGACCUUUACUCCAAGGCCUAAUCUGAGGAAAAAUAACAUGUUGGCUGAGGUGGUGGAGAAACUGAAGAAGACAGGACUCCAGGCUGCUCCCCCUCCUGCUCUGUGCUAUGCUGGACCUGGAGAUGUGGCGUGUGAUUUCUGCACUGGGACCAGAAAGCAGAAAGCCCUCAUGUCCUGUCUGGCAUGUCUAGCCUCUUACUGUGAGACUCACCUCAAACCUCACUAUGAAUCUCCUGCUUUCAAGAAGCACAAGCUGGUCAAAGCCACCGCACAACUACAGGAGAAGAUCUGCUCUCAUCAUGACAAACUGCUGGAGGUUUACUGUCGUACCGAUCAGCAGUGUAUCUGUUAUCUAUGUACAAUGGAUGAACAUAAAGGCCAUGAUACAGUGUCAGCUGCAGCAGAGAGGACUGAGAAACAGAGGCAGCUGGGGAUGAGUCAGCAGAAGGUCCAGCAGAGAUUCCAGGAGAGAGAGAAGGAGCUGAAGGAGCUCCAACAGGCUGUGGAGUCUUUCAAGCGCUCUGCACAGGCAGCAGUGGAGGACAGUGAUCAGAUCUUUACUGAGCUGAUCUGCUCCAUUGAGAGAAGGAGCUCUGAGGUGAAGGAGCUGAUCAGAGCCCAAGAGAAGGCUCAAGUGAGUCAAGCUGAAGGACUCCUGGAGCAACUGAAGCAGGAGAUAGCUGAGCUGAGGAAGAGAAGCACUGAGCUCUCUCCCUUCCUCUGUUUGUCACUCCCUCCCUCCCUCCCUCUCGCUCUCUCUACCUCCUUCCCUCUGUCCGUCUCUCUCAAUCCCUCUCUCCCUUUGUCCGUCUCACUCUCUGUUCUGUCCCUCUCUCUCCAGAGUUAUCAGUCUCUCUCCAGUAUCAGUGUAUCUUCAGACUUACCCAGCAUCGUUGUCCGUCCUCUUCAGUACUUUGGAGAUGUGAGUAAGACUGUGUCUGAACUUAGAGAGAAACUAGAAGACUUCCUUAAAGGAGAAUGGACCAAGAUCUCCACUACAGUGAAUAUAGUGGAUGUUGUACUGCCUCCAGAGCCCAAGACCAGAGAACAGUUCUUACAAUAUUCCUGUCAGCUCACACUGGACCGAAACACAGCAAACACACACCUCUCUCUGUCUGAAGGGAACAGAAAGGUGACCUGUACAGGCCAAGUCCAACCAUAUCCUGACCAUCCAGACAGAUUCACCAACAUGUUGCAGGUUCUGUGUAGAGAGGGUCUAUCUGGACGCUGUUACUGGGAGGUGAAGUGGAGUGGUAAUGCUGUUACAGCAGUCUCAUAUAAAGACAUCAGCAGAACAGAGACAGAUAAUAUAUUUGGAUACAAUAACAAGUCCUGGAGUUUACAGUGCUAUAAUGGUUGUUAUUGGUUCAGACACAAUAAUGUUGAGACUAAAGUAUCAGGCCCUCAGUCCUCCAGAGUAGGAGUGUACCUGGAUCACAAAGCAGGGACUCUGUCCUUCUACAGUGUCUCUGACACAAUGACCCUCCUCCACAGAGGCCUGACCACAUUCACUCAGUCCCUCUAUCCUGGGUUUUAUGUCUAUGGUACUGUUGAGCUGGUUAAACUGUAGUAGGGUCCACAUAGAUACUAGUCAUGCUGGUGCAGUCUAUAGCUGAGCUGGUUAAACUGUAGUAGGGUCCACAUAGAUACUAGUCAUGCUGGCGUAGUCUAUAGCUGAGCUGGUUAAACUGUAGUAGGGUCCACAUAGAUACUAGUCAUGCUGGUGUAGUCUAUAGCUGAGCUGGUUAAACUGUAGUAGGGUCCACAUAGAUACUAGUCAUGCUGGUGUAGUCUAUAGCUGAGCUGGUUAAACUGUAGUAGGGUCCACAUAGAUACUAGUCAUGCUGCUGGUGAUGGUCCCCAGAUGCAGUGAUUUAUUCUGCUCUGUUUUCUUGUACAAUCCUUAUUUUCUGACUGAUUUGAAUUUUAAGAGAUUUAAGGUAUUCAUAUUUGAUAAAAUACAGUGUUUUAAUCUUGUACGUUUCCAUGAAUCAUGAUGUAUGGUGUUGAUGUAUAUUGGUUGUCAUUCAGAACCAUUGAUAUGUUUUCUCAGUUGGUUCUCUGUCUCUAUGUAAUUCACUUCAGUAUCAUUGAACAGCUUGUAGGCUCGGCCCUAAUUGAUGUGUUUUCUGUCACCUGUAGCUGCAUGGAAAAUGGUCCAGGAACAAAAUGACAAUUCAGGACUAGUCAGCCCACUACAACCUGGUAUCACUUACUUUCUACUAAACUAUAUGGUCUGGUUUCCCAGACAUAGAUUAAUCCUAGUCCUAGAAUAAAAAGUAUGUUCAAUGAAGAUGUCCAGUAAACAGGCUCUAAAUUUGGCAACUUGCAUCCUCCCAUACUGCUCAGUCCAGCAACAUUAAACCUGUCCAGCAGGUGUUGAUAUUGACCAAAUAAUAAAACCAACAGAUAUCUUGACUUGCCUUCAGUAUAUCAGUAAUGUUCAGAAUAGUACUUUAAUAUCAUUGGAAAUUGAUGGUCUUUUUAAUCCACUAUCCAGAGUCAGGAACAGAUGAAGUUAGGUCUGCUACUGUUCAGUGAUUAAAAAUGACUUAUGAUGGGAAAUAAAAAAUACAACACUAAA